AUGCGUUCGAUCAGAAGCUACAUAAUCAUCGAAGAAGAGCUACGUAAGCUGCACAAGAGCAGCAGAGGCGUACGUGUUUAAUCAACUGUCAGGUCGCGUCCGCAUCAACUCAUCAAGGACCAAUGGAGUCUGUGGGAGGAUCGUUCCACAUGACGAGGAGCAUUGGCACCGGGAAGAGGAUGGACUGGAAGAACGGCGGCAGGUCGUGGCGGCAGGCGCCGGCGCCGGUGCGUCAGCUGUUCUGGAGGGUGAGGCGCACCGUGCUGCGGCCGAAGCGCCGCGACCUGAGCUUCGGGUACAACCUCAAGAGCUACUCCCAGAACUUCGACGACGGCCUCGUCCCUGCCCACCACCUCUAGGUUCUAGCGACACCCGCAGGGUCGUCUUCUUUUUCUUCUUCUCAGUUUUACUCGCUGCCCGGCCAGACCACGGCUCGUGGAUGGAGAGUUCAGAGUGGCGCCACCUUGUGAUUUGCUACUCUAGGUCGCGAGCGUAGUUGUAUUAGUAUUAGACAGUACUGUUCCUACUAGUUUUGAAAGUCUGAAAGUAGCAAUGAAACAACACAGUGUAUAUAUUUACUUCUAUCAAAGCUCAUUUGAGCUCGGGAGGAGAAUGACACCUUCCAAUAUUCUAUAUAUACUUAUACGUAUUUACAAUAA